AUGAACUCGGCUCUGCAAGAACGACACAUGGAGCAGGGAUGGCGUUACGAUGAGCCCCUAAUCGACCAUCCUUUUCUCGAGGUCGUCUUCGCGCAUAGUUCUGGGAGAUGUAAGAGCACUGCGUGGCCUAACGACUACGUCUUCCGUCCUGUCAGACCGGAUCUCAAUUCCAACGAAUUCUCUGUCGUGGUCAAUACUGAUUUGGCCAGGCUGGCAUCAAGAUACAACAUCCGCAUGAAUGAGCUGCAUAAGUUCAUGCGUUCCUCACCCGUCCGAGCCGUCAUCCGCACCCUCCUCAUUGAGCUAGAGCGCCCGGAAGCACAGCCAGGUCCCCAGCUGGACGAAGAGGGCAUCAUCAACAGCGUCGACGAGUCGAUAUGUGACUCGAGCGCCUCGGAACGACAAGUGUUGCUGACGCAGCCCACCGCACCAGGAGAAGAGUUCGCCGACCGGUCCCUGGUAUCAUGCCUCGUCAAGCUGUGCUCCCAUUUUGAGAGCUGGCGUUUCUGGGACUUUGGGUCCUGUGACCGCCGGUCCAUUGUAGAGGUCCUCGUCGCGGUCGUUGGGCUCUUCUGCAAUGCGUGGGUCCAUGCUCCUACUAUCGACGUGUCCUGGACCCGUCUCAGCACGCCCUCUUUGCCUGCUUUCAUUUCUCAUGAAGCCAUUAACGUCGUAGGGUCCCCUCGUUGUCCUGGUCUCACGCCCGAAAUAUGGUUUGAAUGGUCUCUACUCUACGAUCCCUGGAUUAGACGAUCUCACGCGGCUCAGCUCCUGAACCUCGACAGAGAUCAAGACACAAACCCAUCGUCUUCCCCGCCCUUAUCACGGCGGUGUCGCGGCCAGAGCCGGAGAAGGCAGGCCGUGUCGUCGUAA